GUGAUGGAACGUAGAUGGAAAUCAAAUAAAAGUCGUGUUUCAACCAGUUUUUCUAAUGGGACAAACUUGUCUUUUCAUGUAUGUGUCAGGGGUAUAACAAAAAAACUAUUUUAGCUCAGUGUACAAGCAGCAUGUUGUCCACUGAGGACAAACACUUUCCAAGGAGUUAAUUUUGAAGCCUGUCGUCUGAAAUGAAAUCGCAUCAAUACAACUACAGUUUAAUUUGUUGAAGCUGGUGAAAGAAGAAGUUUCGACUUUCUGAUAAAGUGAAACAUGACGUACGGAAGUGAAUAUCAUCAGCUCCGUAAUAAUGAAAAAGGGCUAGACCCUGUCUUCACCAUGGACAAAUUCAUUGGAGAGGGAGUUAUGUUCAAAUGCAAGCUUUUUGGAUUUGUAAAAGUGCCAAGACCUCGAGGUGAUGAUAUUUGUGCAGAUGCUAUUGCUGGGCUGAAGCAACAAGCCAAACAGCUCAACAAGGAAAGGAAAAUCCACAAACAAAGGAUAUUUUUAAAUAUUUCUUUGAAGGGAAUAAGAAUAAUUGACCAACAAUCUAGAAAACUCGAACAUGCUCAUCUUGUUCACAAGAUCUCAUACAUCAGCCACGACAAGGAUGAUAAACGUACUUUUGGAUACAUUGUCAGCCUGCCAGAGGGUCACAAUCUAUUUGCCUUCAAAGCUGAGAAAAAUGCUGGGCUCAUAACUUCUGACUUGAAAGAACUUUUUCAUGUGGUAUACCUCAAAUACAAGCAAGAGCGAGAAAAAGGAAAUCAAGGAGAACAAAGUGAUGUAGUGGAAAGUAUUAAAAAUGACAAAGUGGAACAAGGGGAAGAGGCACUUGAGCAAGAGAAGCAUGAAGAUCCAUAUGCGGUACCCAUGAAGUUCCAGCUUGUUGAGAAGACAACUGAUAGCGAGUACGCUGUUCCAAGUUCAAGACCUGCAACAGAUGCAGAUAACUUUCAGAGCGAGACCCGAGAUGAUCCCGAAGAUGAUGGGGAUAACCUUCUCGAUUUGGCCGAUGUUAAUCAAGAAUUAGAAUUGAUGCAAAAUGACAUGAAGAGGUCUGACACAAAACAGCUUUUAGCAGAGCUUGGCGAAUUCAACUUAGAUGACAAUCCACCACGACAACCAGAAAGUCAAAAUAUUUUCUCUGAUGAUCCGUUUUUUGGUAGUUCUGGAUUCUCGGAAAAUUUUUCAAGUGGAAUGCAAAGUGCCACGUCGAAUCCUGAUAUGAAUUCAGCAAAAGACCCCUUCUCUCCAGAUUCACAAGAGUUUUUGCCCCAGGCUUCAAACCUUAGCAAAAGCCGUUCUCUAGAGUUUGGUGGGUUUGAUAACAACGAUGCCUUUUCGUCAGCCUUUGAUAACCCGAAACCAGCCAGUACACAACCAUUUCUAUCUGAUGUCGGGGAUCACUUUAGCACUGCUUCCGCACCCCAGCCCAAUUUUGGGGCUUCAAAUACAGGGUGGUCAAACUCUUUUGGGGGCGGAGGAGGCGGUCAGCUACAAACAUUGUCACCGACUGUCAAUGAGAAUUCUUUGUUUUCAAGCAAUGACCAAGUACCUGCUCCAGACCUUGUUCCGGAGAAAUUAUCAGAGCCGAAAGCUGGCACUGGAGACCCGUUUGCAGCUCUGUCUGGCAAUAUAAGUGAAAUCAGGGGCACUCUUCCCAGUGGUGGCAAUGUCCAACAGUUCCAGAAGAAAGCCAAACCAUCUCAAGCAUCCCCAACAGACCCUCCACGUGUUAUAAGCCCGGGUCCUUCUUUGCCCAUACCACAAGGACAACCUGGCUUACCGCAGCAACAAUACCAGAAUGGACAAUAUGGUGGAUUUUCACAGACCAACCCCUUUGGCCAGCCAUCCAUGCAAGCAAACAUGGGAUACAACCAGAGAUUUAGCCCCCCUCCAAUACCAUCAAGACCCGACUUGCCCCAAAUUCCGAUGCGCCAAGAUCUAAUGCCAGGUGUUGGUGGAUUUCAAGCAAUGUCUUCAAUAGAACAACAGCAGGCCCUGCCCAUACAAAAGCCAUAUAGUCAGCCCAUGCAACCAGCCUUUCAGACACAAGGUAACAACGGCUUUGGGUCAGCUACAGACCCUUUUGCAAACCUCGGGGGUGCGUUUUCAACAAGUGACUCCUCCACAGCCCAGGAGCCCCUCUACGCAGUCGUGGAUAAAACGAAAAAAAACAAGCAAAAUACUGACGUGUUUGGCAUGUUUGACAACACAACAACAGGUUUUAAUGGAGGAUCAAGCCAUUCAAGUGCCAAUACUAAUUCAAAUCAGGACCUAUUUGGCUUUGGUUUCUAAUCAUUGUUGGUUUUGAAUGGCGGAGUUCCAGAAAGAUACACAUCGGUACUUUUCUAUCUAUUAAUGCGAACCCAAAAGUCAGUUAUGCAUAUGUUUAAACUUUAUCUUUACAAAACAUUUUAAAUUGCCACCUUCAGCGUGGAUGUCCUGUUUGCCUUUCAAGACGUUGCUGUAAAAUUCAAGGCAGCUAAGAAUCUUCCUUCUUCCACAGACUUUUCUUUAAAAUCCUUUGAUUUUUCUAUAAAAUCGUCUGUUUUUUCUAUAAAAUCGUCUGUUUUUUCUAUAAAAUCGAUUGUAUUUUUAUGAAUGAAUUUAAUUUUAUACAUUUUCAUAGCACAUUAAAAUUUAUAUUGCAAUACAUAGUAUAGGUUUAUGUAAGAUAUAAUAUAUCGUUGUUAACUUGGUAUCACAAUGGCUAAAGUGCACAGGCUUUCAAGUAGUUCAUAACAGAGAUUAAUAACAUUGUUCCCAGCAAUAGUACCCUGCUUAAAUAGAGUCCCCCUUGACCCGAACGUAAGGGAUUGAGAUGAAAUGUAAGGAAUUUUACUUCCAGUGAUAAUUAAAAUAUUAGAAUUUGUUGAUGAAAAGACUUGUUCGAAAUAUUAGAAAUAUUGCAUAGUGAUUAAGUGAAGACGUCAUGACAAUAUGGUUUAAAAGUUUUCAAUUUAGUGAAGACGUCAUGAUAACUCCACCACAUUACCUUUGACUCAUUAGGCCUACUAGAAAAAGUCUCAAAGGUAGUCUUAUUUGGGCCUAUCUCAAACCAUUCCUAAGAGCAGAAGCACUACAACAAAUUAAAACAAAAUAUCAGUUAAAACAUUGCUCACCACUCUGCUGGACGUUUUUAUCUUUAAUGGGAUGACUUUGCCGAAUAUUAUAAUAAUUUCUCUUUCCAAUAUUUUCAUUUCAUGUUGCUGUUUUCUUUGAAUAUGGAAUGGCCUAAAAUACAGAGUCAGAACUUGAUAAUUUUGAAUAUCAAAAGCCUAUAUUCCAUAUUCAAAGAAUAAAUAUUAUUAUCCGCUGCUUUUCAGCUGUCAGAAAUUGCUACUGUUUGUCAAAAACUUCUGAUUGAAUAAAUUUGUUUAUAGAGAGAUUGAUAUGAUAUAAAAGAUUAAUAGAUUGAUAUAUUUUGCAAAUUGUGAUCAGAUAUUUGACAUGGCAUGUAUGGAGAAAAUUCUAAUUGUA